AGAUUGUCAACAACUGGUCGGGGAGGACGGUAAAUGUCAUCUGCUAUUUCGUUAAAGUACCGAGCGUGUUAGAGUAUGUUUUGUUUACAUAUUUAAAGCGUAAGGCUAUAUUUAUUUUAGACCCCAAUCAUAAUUAAGUCUACUAAACAGCUAUAGGCGAUAAAGUUAUGGAUACGAGCUAACGUUCGCUACCUUGAUGUCUUUCAGUCAGUUUCAGUUGUCAGAAGUUGGCUAGCUUCUACGUAGCUAACGUGAGAGAGGACAGGCUGCUGUGGGUUGUGGCCAACCAGGAAAAAAACAUCACGUCUGUCGAGCUGCGUGAGCUGUUGUUUUGGAGGAGAGGAGCUGUUUAAGAUAAACAACCAUGGAUCCGUUUGACAGCAACAUUUCAGAUCGAGCUAACCUUCCAAGAAACAUGAUUGAGAACAGCAUGUUCGAAGAAGAGCCUGAUGUGGUGGAUUUGGCCAAAGACUCCACUGCGUUUCCAACAUUUCCUGCUCUUGACCCAGAUGAGGUGGCGUAUGAGCCUCGUAGCUCGCGGCUGCUUGUGCGAGGGCUGGGAGAGAACGACAUGGACGAGGAUGAGGAGGACUGCGAGUCCUCAGCCCGUCUGCUGGGCAUGUCCUUCAUGAACCGCAGCUCUGCUAACAGACCCAGCUCUUCACCUUACGCCAGGCAGCCUCCACCAAGGUCGUGUUCCCGACCCUCAGCCCGCACCACGGUUGUAUGUGUGUUAUUCCUGGUGAUAGUGGCCUCUAUGACCAUGGUACUGUACUUCUUACCUGGAUGCACCUUUACCAAGACGGGUUGUCGAAAGGCCAACCAGACCACCCCCUUAGUGCCAGUCAACCCCACGUCUUCGAGUGGCGAACCGUUUCCAUGGAACAGCUACCGGCUGCCUCAGAGCGUACAUCCUCUGAGCUAUGAGGUCACCCUGAACCCUAACCUUGAGGACAUGACCUUCACCGGCUACACCGUCAUCAACAUGUCUGUGCAGCACAACACCAAGCGCAUCGUCCUGCACAGCGCCAAACUCAACAUCACCGGAGCUACCUUCAAGCUGGGUGAAGGGGUCUCCAAAGCUGUGACUGUCCUGGAAUACCUCCCCAGGCAGCAGAUAGCUGUUCAGUUCUCUGAGGAUCUGAAGGCAGGCCAGUCCUGUGUUUUGACCCUGGAGUACUCUGCAAAACUCUCACACUCCUACGAUGGUUUCUACAACAGCUCAUACACCGAUAAAGAUGGAAACAAAAGGGUCUUAGCAGCAACCCAGUUUGAGCCACUGUCAGCGAGGAAAGCCUUUCCGUGCUUUGAUGAACCAGCUUUCAAAGCCACCUUCCUUAUCAAAAUCAGCAGAAAAACAGACUUCAUGACUCUUUCCAACAUGCCUUUGGCUAAAAGCACACCACUUGUCAAUGGCCUCGUGCAAGAUGAGUUUGAAAAGACCAGUGUCAACAUGAGCACCUACCUGGUGGCCUUCAUCGUUGCUAACUUCACCUCCAUGACUAAAAAUGUCUCAAACACGCUGGUGUCUGUGUACUCUGUGCCAGAGAAGAAGGAGCAUACUGACUAUGCUCUGGAAACAUGCUCCAAGCUGCUGGAGUUCUACAACGACUUCUUUGAAAUUAACUACCCACUUAAAAAACUAGACUUGGUAGCCAUCCCUGUCUUCCUGGCAGGAGCCAUGGAGAACUGGGGCCUGAUCACUUUCAGAGAGACCAGCCUGCUGGUGGGACAGAAUUCCUCUCCUCUGGAAAAACAAGUCGUUGCCUCUGUGGUAGCGCAUGAGCUUGCCCAUCAGUGGUUUGGAAACUUGGUGACGAUGAGCUGGUGGAAUGACCUGUGGCUCAACGAAGGCUUUGCCACCUACAUGCAGUACAUGUCGCUGCAGGCCGUGAUGCCCAAGCUGGACAUCGGUAAUUUGUUCCUGGCAGUCCGCUUCAGAGCCUUGGACAAAGACGCGCUGAACUCCUCCCACGCUGUGUCCACCAAGGUUAACAAGCCGGAGCAGGUGGAGGAGAUGUUUGACUUCGUGUCCUAUGAGAAGGGUGCGUCCAUCCUCCUGAUGCUGAACGCCUCGCUGCCAGGGGAACAACAGUUCAGAAAGGGUAUCAUUGAAUACCUGAAGCAGUUCAGUGGAUCAAACACCGUCACCAACGACCUCUGGAACAGCCUUACACGGGUGGAGGUCUCGGCUCAGCACCAGAAUGUGUCGGAGAUGAUGAGCUCAUGGACGUCACAGAAAGGCUUCCCAUUGGUCACCGUAAGCCGUGAGGGAGAUGAAGUGACCCUCACACAGGAGCACUUCCUGCUCACCUCUGAUGAGGCCAUCUAUACGUCCAGCUUAUGGAAUAUUCCAGUGACAUACGUGACUGACAACUGCAGUUUGGCCCCUGAGUGCAGACAGGUGUUCAAUCUGAAGACCAAGUCAGGGACUCUAAAGCUAGCAGAAAGUGUGAAGUGGCUGAAGCUGAACUACAGAAACACCGGCUUCUACAUCGUCCACUACGGAGACGAGGGCUGGGCCACUCUUAUCGAAGCUUUGAACAGCGACUUCAGUGUCUUUACACAAGAGGACCGUGCCUCGCUCAUACACAACAUCUUUGCUCUCUCCAGACUGGGACGUGUGUCCUUCCGCCAAGUCCUCAACCUGUUGCACUACGUGUCCAAUGAAACUGAGACAUCUCCUGUGACAGAGGCCUUGUUACAGCUCAAUGUCAUCUACCGGCAGCUCGACAAAAGACAAGCGCACAGUGUUGUGGCCCGCAUGAAGAUUUAUGUCCUGCAUCAGUUUCGUUCUCUGAUGGACAACCAGACGUGGGCAGAGGAGGAGAGUGUUUCUAAGCAGGAGCUGCGUGCGGCCCUGCUGGGGACGGCCUGCAGUCUGGGGGAGGAGAACUGCUUAAAGCAAGCCAAAGACCUGUUCAAACAAUACCUCCAGUCCAAUGAGUCCAUAAAGAUCCCAGGCGAUCUGCAGCAGGUUGUAUUCACUGUGGCCGGACAGUCAGAUGAAGAUUGGGAGAACUUGUUUGACCUGUACGCACAUGCCACCUAUGAUGCAGAGAAGAGAUCCAUGCUACGAGGCCUAGCAUCCACUCAGGACGCACGGCGUAUCGUGUGGAUUCUGAAGGCCGGCCUGCAGGGGAACAUCAUCCAGACUCAGGAGCUGCCUCUGGUCAUCAGCACGGUGUGUAACGGCUUCGCUGGCUACCUGUUCGUCUGGGACUUCAUUCAGGAGAACUGGGACCGCCUCAUCGAGAAGUUUCCUCUGGGCUCCUUCGCCAUCCAGUCAAUCGUCAACUCCGUCACCUCUCAGUUCUCCACACAGGCACACCUUGAUCAGGUCCAGAGUUUCUUCUCCAGUCUGAAGGAGCGUGGCUAUCAGAUGAGGAGCAUGCAGGAAGCUCUGGAAACCAUCAGGCUGAACCGGCACUGGAUGGAUACAAACCUGUCCACGCUCCAAAAAUGGCUCUAAUAACGAUCGCCAUCCAGGCUCCGCCCCGCUGACAUGCAACAUGUCGUCGGGGCAACAGCAAUGUUUGCACUAUUGUAGGACUCUGUCUCUUAACUCUCUUUAUCCAGGCCAGAGUUUCAAAGCCAGAGGUUUUGCUCUACCUGGGUGGACAAGGUGUUCUUUUUGAGACUGGUCCGGUGAGAUGUAUUUUUGCUCAGGGUGGCUCUGAUUGUGCGUCUGACAGGAAGUUGUCGGAUGCUGAACACACUCCUCACACUUGAUGCUGUCGACCAAACCUCUCCUCCGUGGGUUUCAUCUUAACCUCCCGCCCGAGCAGACAAUCGUGCUUCGCCCACACUCCUCCGUCAGCCUGCUCUAAGGAUCCUAACUCUGUGAGCUGUGAUAGGCCACUGGAAAAAGAGGACGAAUGAAGAAUGUCAACAUUACUGUUUCUAGUAAAGUAAGCGAAUUUGAGAAGCGCUAUAUAAAUUCAAUUUAUUAUUAUUAUUAUGUGCUGUCAGUCAGUCCUUAUCGUCGGAUAUAUGUUGAUGCAGCUGUCAGGGAUUCCUAGGCGAUGAGACGUUAAAAUCACCGGUACUUUUUAGAGGAGUUAUUCUUAGACUUAGACUAACCUUGUGUCGCCAUGUUACAAAAUAGCUGCUUGUCAUUCUGACCUCUAGUUACUGAUGAGCGUUUUAGUCAGGAUUGAUCUUGACGAUUAGUUGAUUGAGUCAAAUACCAAACUUGUGUUGGCAUCGAUUGAAUGUACUGAAAACCUACCCACUGUGUCCAGCAGAGGGCGUACUGCGCACGUUUAAAUCAACAACCUGUCUUAGGUUAGAGCAGGCAGUGGAGCCAAAUGUUUCUUUCUUUCUUCCUCUACCAUCAUAAGCCCAGUUUUCCUCAUCAACAAGCUUUAUUUUGCCUGCAGUGCGGUGAUCGGACAGACUCAGAUUUAACAGUGUGUUUUUAAACUUGUAUUCUAAAUGUAAAUACGCUCAACCCUACAGAGUUUUAACCUGUGACUUUACUGUUUCGAUCAUCUUGACUUUUAACAUUUUAGGGAUUUGCUUUUGUGUUGUUUGUGUAUAUGGAGUGUAAAGAGAAGGAAGCAAGAGUCAAAUACUUUUUCUGGAUUGAGACCAUCCGAGCAGAGCAGUUUGCUGCUGAAUGUUUGUGUUUUAAGGGCUAAUGUGCACAUUGAAGACACCGAGGGUAUAGCAGAACAUUUAUUUUGGAAAUUACUGCUGUGUCCAGUAAGCUGUUCAUUAGCCAAAUGAAAAUACAGAAGGUUUAAAGUUAUAUAUGUUAACCAGUCAUGUUGCUCCUAUCAAAGAGGAGCCUAGCUAUUUAUUGAGAGUGUCUUAACAUGUUUCCCUUACUUUUGUUCUAAGCUAAUACAGUUGAUUACUUACACUGAGCUAUAUUUAAAGUGGCAUUGCUUUUACUCCAUCCACUCCAUCACUGUCAUUACAUAUUUAGGAUAAUUGAGUAAAUAAAGUAGAUUAAAUCCUUUCCUUUGAACAUCCCUAACAUCCCCAUGAGAUAACAUCUCUGUUUUUUGGUUGUCAUGCUAUCUCAUUGUUUCAUUUAUUUAAAAAAUGUAUUAAACACCAACAUUGGUCCAAUCCCCACCAGUGUUACCUCAGCGCUGUGUACACUAAGAGACGCCAUGUUACUCGAAAACAUGGCCGUACACCCUGCCCAAAGAAUUGUGCAUUCAAAACUAGACAAAGGUACUGUAGGCGUUUUUCACAGUAUUGCCAUUGACUUGUUCCACUCUGUCAUAGUGUGUUAAUAUAUGGAAGUUAGGAAUAUGCCUUUUUUAUAUACAUGUUUUAUGCUUUUAUUUCCUGGAUUAUUAUGGUGACACUUUUUGUUUCUCCAGCUGCCAGCAAUCAGAUGAAUGAAUCAGCUUUACUGAGGCUCUGGGAUUUUUAUGUUCCAUCAUGUUUUGUUUAGAGAACAACUGUUUCAUGUGAAGUCAUAAGCUUUAAGAGUUGCUGAAGUCGUGCAGGUACGAGGUUUAGAUGUGGCCGGUCUGAUGGGAGGAUGUAGGAAGGUCAGUAACUGUAUCGGAGCGUCUUUGUUUUUUGCACUGGGAUAAAAUGCUGCAGAUGCUUUUGUGACUGUGUUGCUCUUCAUGUUAAUAAAAAAAAAAAAUGUUAGUUGUUUCCUCAAAA